GUCCGCGUACAUGUACAAAGGUGAAGGAAAAUAUACGCGUCUCUUGUUUGUAUGUACCUGAGAUACCAUAUACAGUCGGUCGCUAUAGCAUACCCUGUAUGUGACCAAACAGUUUUAGCCAGCACAACCUCCCAGUGAAGGAAUCCCCGCUUCAGCAUGAGACUGUACUGCACCGCAUUCUUAUUCCUCGCCCUGACCCAGCUAAACGGGGUUGUAGCACAGGAAACAACACCAGACAUUACGGAACCAACGGUGCGUCACACAGUAUACAUUUCGGAUAACAAAGUUCUCUUGGCUUGUGAAGCCAAGGGCGACCCUGUCCCUACGUACAAAUGGUAUAAAGAUGGGACCAUAAUCGUCUCUGAUAGUAUCACGCAGGUAGAUUCUGUCACUGGCAAUCUCACCAUACCCAGCUUCACCAACAGAGAAGAGGGUAAAUACCAGUGUGGGGCGCAAAACACCGUCAACCCACAGAUCAAUCCAGUAGCCGUGUCUCCCGUCAUCCUUGUCAGAAAAGUUUCUCUUGGUGCCAACUGGCCUGUCAUCCCUACUGAAUUCAUACAGAAAAACGAAGGUGCCUACGCGCAGCUGCUGUGCACAGACGUUCCGGAAAGUGUCCCAAAGGCUAAAUUCGCCUGGUUUUUGGAAGAAACAGCCGGUGCUAAAAAGCAAGUGGAGGAAGGCAGCAGAAUCCAUAUUGACGAUCAAGGGACUCUUCAUUUUAUCUACCUGGAGCCAAGUGAUCAGACAAACGUCAACCUGUACAAGUGUAUCAUAUAUAACAAUAUCCUCGACACCAUCCGACUGGGCAGUCCAAAGAGUCUGGCAGUUACUCCGGUUGCCAGUAAACCAUAUAUAAAGCCUAAACUCGAGUAUGAAACUAAACCUGCAGUAUUCCUACGGUCCCAGACAGCGGAGUUGGAGUGUGUGUACAGUGGAUUCCCCCUCCCAACAGUCACAUGGCAGAAGGACGGUAGCACCAUCUCAGCAAGUACUAAAUACGCCUUCGACAAGGACAACAGGAAACUGAAGAUAUCAAAUCUGGUGGAGAAUGACGAGGGCAUGUACACAUGUAUCGGGACGAACUCUGCCGGCACAGUCCAAAUACCCAUCUUUCUGGAUGUGACGUCUGGCCCAAUAUGGGAGAUGGCUUUAAGUGACCAAACUUUACCAGCAGGCAGGGAUGCCGUGUUCUACUGUAUGUCUCGGGCUGCAGCAGGGGAGGAUCUCAUUCCCCAACCCGACUGGUACAUCAAUGGGAAUCCAAUUGACAUACAAAAUCCUCCAGGUAACGGCAAAUUUCUGUUCAGUGAUGGCGGAAAGGUGUUAACCGUCAUAGGUCUACAGAAACCGGACGACAUCCAGUGUUUCCAAUGCAACGUGAGCAACACAAUAGGAUAUGAGUUUGCUAAUGGUUGCCUCAACGUCAUUGAACCAAUCGUAAUAUCUGAGCGUCCCCCGCCAGUUCAGGAAAUCGCGAAGGGCGAUCGCGUGAACCUGACAGUGAAAGCUACAACUGAUCCAGGCUUUACUUUGAGAGAGAGAUGGCACUUCAAGAAUCAAACCUACGAAAACAAUCUGCCUCCUCAUGUGAUUUACAACACGGCCACCCAGGAAGCCUAUAUCGACACGGCAGGCCUCACUGACGCUGAGUUUGAAGGGGUCAUUGGCACAUACUACCGGGAACUGUAUCACCAAUACGACAGCUACACUGCU